GACACAAUAUCGACACUUAUAUGCGGGUUAUGUGCGCUCCUCUUCUCCGCACCCAAACCUAGUGUUUGUGGAGUUCGAUGACGGAGACAACGGACGCAUAGCUGUCGAUGACAUUCGACUUUUGCCACAAGACUACCCGCAGAUGAAGAUCAAUGCGGAUCCGUUCAAGAAUCUGGAGCGCAAGCGACGCAUGAGUUCUUCUGGCAAAGAGAGCCGUCACUCAAAACUCAGUCGUGAUAACUUUAAUGGCGACAAAAAAUCGUUGACUGAAGACAUGUCCAGCAGUUCUAUGCUUUUGAAAACUAAUUCAAACGAAGCAUCGGUUUCAUCAAAAACGAGUAAAAAGGAUUCAAAUAACCGGAGCAACAGUUCCACGAAUACAACCCCCGAUAGUCUAUCAAUGAAAUCAGAGCUUAAGAAAAAGAAGAAAAAGCACAACAAAGAGGAUCGACAUCAUAGACAUCAUCACAACCAUAAGCACCAUCAUUGUCGUCAUCACAAGAAAUGUAAAAAACAUAAAAAGUCGAGAGAAGAGGGCAGUAGUGCUAAUAGUUCGCAAAAUACGGGUAAAGAAGGCGGAGAAAAGAGUGACCAGAAUAACGAUCAAAAGAGUAGUAAAACAAUGAGA